UAAAUGUCCUAACCUUGAUGCGCGGGCGAGAGAGAGCGAGCGAGGAAGUGAUCAAAGAUUCAAAAUGGCGUGCAUCGUAAAUUUCUCGGCGAUAACGCAGCCAAAGCCUCAGCCUUGCUUUGCUUCACUCCCAGCCUCCACUUCUUCCCAUCGCUCUAACUCUCCCAAACUUCAAACUUCAUACUUGUCAUUCGCCUCAAACAAUUCACGCAUCUCCCUCCGUUACGAUAGAACCCUAGCCGUCUCUCCUCCUAGGGAAACCUUGUUGUCAAAAGCUCCUAAUUUCAUGGUGGGAUUGAUAUCGUGUUUUAGUGACCAUGAGCAGAUAGUAGCAGCUGCUAAGAAGCCAGAACCUCUCAAAAUUAUGAUAUCUGGGGCUCCAGCUUCUGGCAAAGGAACCCAAUGCGAGCUCAUCACACAAAAAUAUGGCUUGGUGCAUGUUGCUGCUGGCGAUUUACUCAGGGCAGAAGUUGCGGCUGGUAGUGAAAAUGGAAGGCGAGCAAAGCAAUUCAUGGAAAAGGGACAACUAGUCCCUGAUGAAAUUGUUGUCAUGAUGGUGAAGGAGCGUCUAUUGCGGCCAGACGCUCACAAAAAUGGCUGGCUUUUGGAUGGUUACCCAAGGAGCUCAUCACAAGCAACUGCUCUUAAAGAAUUUGGGUUUGAGCCAGAUCUUUUCAUUCUCCUAGACGUUGCUGAAGAUACUCUUGUUGAGAGAGUCGUUGGACGAAGAUUAGAUCCUGUUACUGGGAAGAUUUACCACUUGAAGUAUUCUCCGCCUGAAACUGAAGAAAUUGCUGCCAGGCUUACCCAGCGAUUUGAUGAUACUGAAGAAAAGGUAAAAUUGCGGUUGUGUACUCAUCAUCAGAAUGUUGAGGCAGUACUUUCAAUGUAUAAAGACAUUACUGUGAAGGUCAAUGGUAACCUUUCCAAGAAUGAUGUGUUUGCCAAAAUUGAUAGUGUGCUGGAUGAACUUCUUGAGCAAAGGAAGGCUGGUUCAGGAUAUUUGGAGGCAAACAAGGCAUAGAAGCAUAAUAGUCGGGCCUCACUUGGGCAGGUUUCUGUAAAAUGGCUUGUACCUUGAAGGAACUAAAUCAUAAAGGCUUUUGGAAAGGAAUAAUGCGAUGAAGCUGUUUGGAUGAAUAUUAGUGCUUUAAUAAGCACGAGGUUUUUUUUUUUUUUGUUUCUUUUCUUGGUCCAAAGAAUAUGUAAUGCUACAACAGGAGCCUCGGUCCUUGCCCAUCGAUAAGCUUUCCAUUCCAGCUCAACGAGAUAUUAUUGGAUCCAACUCUUUAUUGAAUGAUUAAGCGAGUUCUAACGAGUUAAAGCUGCUUAGCACUUUUAA